AUGAUGACUGGAUAUCUGUCUGCAAAAGGGAUAAAAGCCUCUGAGGGCAGAGUGGGUAAAGUGUUGAGAAGUAUUCACCAACCUUACCACGCUGCAAGACAGCAGGUAUGAUCAAAUAGCAUAGUUUAUUUCUUCAUUUCAAUAGAACAUACAGUAGGUGUUUAUAUAUCAUAAGGAUUAAGUAUUAUUGCACUUCUCUAUCAAUGUGGUUCUUCUAUUCCAGGGUGCCCGCAAUCUGAACCCAAUACCCUACAGAGCCGAUUACAUGGGUCACAAGCUGCAUGUAGACCAAAAUGAGAAGCCUGUUAUGUUUGGGGUGACCCAUAUGAUGGCUACUGAUGGUUUCAGCAAGAAGGUUGUCGGUCACUCCACCAUGUCAGUGAAGAACAACAUUGUCAUUUAUGAUGAAGUGUUCAGGUAAAAUAAUCUUUCUUGUGCCAAAAGUACUAGUAGUUCCCAGACUUAUUAGAGUGGUUGUUGAACUCACAGCAAGGUCCUUAUGGCCCAGGUUUGAAAACAAUAUAUUAUUUUUAAAAAAUCAAUAUAGUGGUUAAACCUAUUUAGGAGCAUGAAAACCAUUAAUUGCGAUUGAUUGUGUUUGGCAAAACACAAUUAAACUUUAUUUUGAAAUACAAAACUGUGCAAUUUUCCCAUAAAGCCAGAGGACUGGCUAUACAUAUUCUAAAUGUAUAAAGUUUUAGAAAGUUUUAGAAAGUUUUGGGGGAAAAAGUAGAUGAGAUGACAAGGUUGGCACAUGUGCAAUGAAGGUAAAAGGAGUGGGUCAAAUCUUUGGCCACAGAAGGCGCAUUUUGGAUUCCUGCAAGUUCAAUUAUGGAGACUUAUGUACUGUUUCGAGGACCCAAACAAAUUACCUUAAAAAACAAUGACAUCUUUGUGGACAAAAUUUGCAGGAUUUUUCAGGUACUGUCCUUAUAAUUACUAGAAUACAAGUAAAUUAUUCUGGUGUUGCCUUUUCUUACAGCACAUCGGUAUCUAGCUUGAUGGUAGUGAUACAACAUGGAGUGUUUACAUGUCAGUGUCAAUUAAAUGUAGCUUCACUAUGUAGCUGAUUGUUUAAAAAAUGUCAAACUAUAUUUACAUUGAAGGUUUGCCAUGAUUUUAGUGAUGCAACAAUAUGAAUGCAAUAAUAACUGAAUCAGUAAGUGAUCAGCAUACAAUAUUCUGCAAAGGUUUAAGGUACUUUCCUUGAGUUCGAUUAAACAGAUCUCUCCCGGUUGUCUUUAUAUCACAGACAAUGCCAACACCGCAGUGUUUCCGGAGCCAGCGGGGCAUUUUUGCACCCAAAAUCUUGUGCACCGUAGACAUUAUGAGGUCCACGGAGACCCAGAAUCUAGUCAAGCCUAUGCAAACAGAGCUCUGCCCACUGCUAAUGUUUCUUUCGCCUCCAUGCACGGACCCUCACGUUCCACCAUGGAAACACCGCCUGCUUCAGCUAUUACUCCACAGGCUCACGGCCUGUUUCCAACAAGAUCCUUAGAUGUUGAUUAAAUAUAUAACACAACUUAUCUCUGCUUCUAAAAUCUAAGAUGAAGAUAUCCUUUUAGACUCAGGGGAUGAUUUUAAAUUCCAGAUGUUUUUCUUCCCAGAUCAAUCCAUAUUGCAGAAAUUGAAAGUGACAAGUUGAGUACCUCCAGGACAGUGGUCAUUUGCUUUUUGGAAGCAGAUGCAACUGUUGAAGGAGUUACAGAAAAGGUGAAGGUUGCCUUAAGCAGCGAUGAGCCAAUUACCCUGAGAACCAGCCAAGGGCAUGAAGGCACAAGAC